UCCCCGGAAGCGCCGCCUGGGCGCCACGUCCGCGCCCAGCGCCCCGCAGCCGCCGCCCCGGCCGGGAGCGGACCGGAGCGCCAUGGGCCCCGCGGGCGCGCGUCCCGGCUCCCCGCCGUCGCCACCGCUGCUGCUGCUGCUGCUGCUGCUGCUGCUCCGGGCCGAGCGGCCGCGGGGCGCCGAGCUCACCUUCGAGCUGCCCGACAGCGCCAAGCAGUGCUUCCACGAGGACGUGGAGCGGGGCGCCAAGUUCUCCCUGGACUACCAGGUCAUUACCGGAGGCCACUAUGACGUGGACUGCUACGUGGAGGACCCCCUGGGAAAGACCAUCUACAGGGAAACCAAGAAGCAGUACGACAGCUUCACGCACCGGGCCGAGGUCAAGGGCGUUUAUCAGUUUUGCUUCAGCAAUGAGUUCUCCACCUUCUCUCACAAGACCGUCUACUUUGACUUCCAAGUGGGCGACGAGCCCCCCAUCCUCCCAGACAUGGGGAACAGGGUCACGGCCCUCACCCAGUGAUUCUGGGCCCUGGGAGGAGCCUGCACCUGCCGACCUGCACUGCUGAGCCCCCCAGCCAGGCCCAGGGCCCAGGGAGCGCCCUCUCCGAGUGUCUGAAUGAGCGUGGGACGGACCUAAGCGAAGAGGGUGGAAUUCUAGCCCGGAAACCCACGUGGGCCCUUUGCUCGUGCUUAAAGGCAAAGUCUGUGUGUGCACGCAUAGUGAGUGUGUGUGCGUGUGCAGGCCCCACAGGUGCGCAUGCCUACGUGUGCGUCCCCGGCCCCCGCUGAUCUCAGGGACACCCCGAACCUGCUUGUGGCGGGGCCCUCGGUGCCCACGUCUGUCCGCCGCUCUGCCCUGUCUUGCCCGCAGAACCGCAGUGACCGGUGCAGCUGGACUAGAGAGGCUUCCAGAAGUGCCGUGUCGUGAUUUGGCCUGGACACAGGCUCGCAGAGUAGCCUGACCCCACGCCGCGGCCUCCUUCCUAGCCCUUCCCGGUUUAUCCGCUGUUCAUUCUGCGAUGGCGGACGUGCCUUCGUGAGCUCCAGAAGCGUCACCUGAAGAGCUGGGGCGGGGGGUGGGGGGCGUCAGCGCCUACGAAUGCCGCCGUGAGUCCGGCAGAGGUCUGUGCCCCGGGUGGUCCUGUUGUGGCCGGCAUUUGGAGCCGGUUGACACAUCAAGGAACUCGUUGGUGUCACGAGCCCUUCCAGGAUCAGGUGGCCGCUUCUCAGCGUCUGACGCCUGUAGGUACGCGCCGCCUACCAAGUGUGGGGCAGGUGACGACGCCGGGCGCCAGCCCGAGAUGACAGGGUGUGCGGGUGUCCCCGAGAAAGUGGGUUUGUGACCCUGGAUUCUGCCCUUUGAACUGCUGCCCUGUGAAGCUCCCCUAAUUCCACCUGGGUGGCAGUGACCCUGUCGCUUCCUGUCUGGGUGGCACUUUGCAGCUCUUCCCCAUGGACCCGGGUGACAGCAGCCGCCCGCGUGUCCGCAGGAAACCGUAGCCCUGGCGGCAGACCACUCAUCGGGUGGACACGAUACGUGGCCUUGUAAACGCCGGGGCCGAAAGGAGGCCUCGUCCUCCCUCGCGUGGCCUGGUGUGGCGCCUGCCGUGGCCCGGAGUGAACAGCCCGUGAGGCAAGUAAGGGCGACGUUGCUUUUUGGCCACAGUCUCCUAUUUGCCUCCCGGAAACAGUUCCAUUUGUGACACAAGGGAGGGUGUUGGGGGUCAGUCAGGCGGUGGCUCCGUGACUCGGUCUCCCCUCCCUUCCUGCGCUCACGGUGUGGACAGUUCACCUCUGCGCUUCGGGGACCGAAGCAGGUGUCUCCGGGACGCGUUGCGAGCUUCUCUGGCCUUGUUGGGAUAGAAUCUUCUAGGUUUUGGAUAAAUGCGUGUCAUAGGUCACCUGUGAGUGAGCCUCAUGACCACCGCGGGCUUGUGACUCCCGCGGGCUUGUGACUCGUGGCGUAACCGAGCGUCCGAAGCGGACCACGUGCACCUCAGGGCCGCAGGCGGGCGGUCCGGGCCACGCGGGUCCCCAGGCUGGGUCGGGGUGAGGCCGGGGAUCAGCUUCCGCGCUCGCCAGACUGUUGGCGGGUUCGGGUCCUUGUCGGCUGUUGUGCCCCGGCCCCCAGAGACCUCCUUCGGUCCCCGCACGUGCCUGUGUCCUCUAGGCUGGCAGCUGGAGCUCUGCUCCCUUUCAGCGGCUCCUGUGGUCAGGUCAGGCGCUGGGGUGGUGGCCGUGC